CAUCUCGCCAUUUCACACCUCCAACAGCAAACAUCCCACUAUGCGUCUCCUCCGCCCCCUCCUCCGCAGGAAACCUCUCCCUCUAUCUCGCCUCCAUAGCACCGCUAGCAACACGCCCCCGACACCUACACCCACACCCACCCCAACACCAACGUCCAACACAACGCAUUUCGGGUUCAAGACUGUGCGAGAGGAUGAAAAGGAGUCGCUAGUCGGCCAAGUUUUUGGUAAUGUGGCAUCGUCAUAUGAUCUCAUGAACGAUGUCAUGAGCGGUGGAGUCCACCGGUUAUGGAAAGAUCAUUUCAUUCGUACACUGGCUCCAGGUCCUACUACCAAAUUACUCGAUGUCGCUGGCGGAACAGGCGACAUUGCAUUCCGCUUCCUUGAUUACAUUUCCGCUACACACCCUAACCCCUCCCCUCACGUUACUCUCCUCGAUAUCAACCCCGCCAUGCUUGCUGUCGGCCAGCAACGGGCCCAACAGCUCGGACAUACGAAUAUUGCGUUUACGGAAGGCAAUGCAGAGCGACUAGAGGGAAUUGAAGAUGCGAGUGUGGAUGCUUAUACCAUUGCGUUUGGGAUACGGAAUUGUACCCAUGUCGAUCGUGUCUUGCGUGAGGCUUAUCGGGUGUUGAAACCUGGUGGGCGGUUCAUGUGUUUGGAGUUUGGGAGUGUGGAGAAUCCUGUUGUUGCAAGAAUGUACGAUCUUUACUCGUUCCAUCUCAUUCCAACCAUGGGGGGUCUCAUUGCAAAUGAUAGAGAGUCCUACCAGUACCUAGUCGAGUCCAUUCGGAAAUUCCCUCCUCAACCCGUUUUUGCAGACAUGAUUAAAGAAGCGGGGUUUAAAGUCGUUGGCAAGGGGUGGGAGGAUCUGACCUUUGGUGUUGCGGCCAUACAUUCCGGGUUUAAAUUGUAAAGUGUUCAUACAUACAUGUAGUUUCACCAUAUUAUCUACACAAAAGACUAGUACACAUCCUUCAACUCAUAAUAUUGUCUAAACAAAUGUUCAUUCCUUAGUUUUGUUUCUGAUACGACGUAAUAGACAUGUAAG